GAGAGUCCCGGAUGUUGGCUGCGCCGCGGACAGAGAGAGGCGAACUCGGGAGAAGGCGGAGAGAAGCUGUGAAGGGACGCCACGGCACCGCAGGCACACACCGGCGAACCUUAUCCGGAACAACAAGCGCCGAGCGCUCGGGGAACAAACUCCUCGGUGGCCGCGGACAGACACUGAAGCGGAAGGCUAAAGACGGCGAGAGCAGUUAGUGUAAAACUACCGCGAGGAUUACGCAGACCACCGCCAACAACAACGACAGCAGCGGCGGCGGCGGCUCUUCCCCAGAACUUGUCCUGGACAAGACAGCAUGCUGAUGUCCUGAUCCGAGGGAGUCCGCCCAGACUUCAGCUAAUCACCAUUUGAUCCCCAUCAGUCCGUCAAGCUCCAACAGACGCCAUCCGUUUUACCCCCCGGGCAGCCCCCACGCCCCUGCCGCCCACGGCCUGCCGUCACCAUGACGUCGGAGCUGGAGAGUAGCCUGACCUCCAUGGAUUGGCUCCCUCAGCUUACCAUGCAGGCGGCCAUCCGCAAGGCCGACGGCCAAAAUGCCCACGGGCCUGGCAUGGGCAAGAAGAGUGCCCUCCUGGACCCCAACACCACGCUGGACCAGGAGGAGGUGCAGCAGCACAAGGACGGCAAGCCGCCCUACAGCUACGCCAGCCUCAUCACGUUCGCCAUCAACAGCUCGCCAAAGAAGAAGAUGACGCUGAGCGAGAUCUACCAGUGGAUCUGCGAUAACUUUCCCUACUACAGAGAGGCAGGAAGUGGAUGGAAGAACUCAAUACGGCACAAUCUGUCAUUGAACAAGUGUUUUCUCAAAGUGCCUCGCUCCAAAGAUGACCCAGGAAAGGGCUCUUACUGGGCCAUUGACACCAACCCAAAGGAGGACGCCCUGCCCACUCGGCCAAAGAAGAGGCCACGGUCUGGAGAGCGGGCUUCUACGCCGUACAGCCUGGAGUCGGAGUCUUUGGGAAUGGAGUGUAUGAUCUCUGGAAGUGCCUCUCCAACGCUGGCAAUCAACACUGUGACUAACAAGGUGGCGCUCUACAACACAGACCAGGAAGGGAGCGACAGUCCGAGAAGCAGCCUUAACAACAGCCUGUCGGAUCAGAGUCUGGCCUCCGUCAAUCUCAACAGUGUGGGCAGCGUGCACAGCUACACUCCGGUGACCAGUCACCCCGAACCCGUGUCCCAGUCUAUGAGCCUCCAGCAGCCGCAAUCCCAGUACAACAUGCCAGACCGGGACAAACAGCUCAUGUUCUCUGAAUUUGAAGAUCUCAGUGCCUCCUUCCGCAGCCUUUACAAGUCUGUCUUUGAGCAGUCCUUCAGCCAACAAGGUCUGAUGGGAAUCCCGUCAGAUUCCUCGCAGCAGCAGCAGCAGCAGACCCACACGUCCUGCUCCUAUCAGCACUCCCCGAGCGGCGCCAUCAGCACCCAGAACAACCUGUCCAACCACCAGUCCAACAACCACUCCAACAACAGCGGCCAGGUGCCCCUGUCCCACCCGGCCCAAGCCCACCCCGGACACGGCUCCCCGCACGCGCAGCACCUCCCGCACAACCAGCACCCGCAGCACAACCAGCAUCCGCAGCACCAGCAGCACGCGGCGCAGCACCCUCAGCACGGCCAGCACCCGCCGCAACACCCGUCCCACGGCCAGCACCCACAGCAGCACACGCCGCACCCCUCUCAGCACGCUCAGCACGGCCAGCACCCUCCUCAGCAUCAGAGCCUCUCCCACCAGCCACAUCCCACCCAGCAGCAGAUGGCCUGCAAUCCGGGUUUACUUUCUGACUGGUACCCCAACCUGGAUGCACUGAAAGAAAGCUGUCGCAUUGCAAGCAGCUACAACUGGGCUGACGUCGACCUUUCACCUUUCCAAGGACUGAGGGAAAGCAUGAGGCAGGCGGAGUUGAACAACUGGUCCUUGGAGCCCACCCAGAUCGCAGACCUCUGCUCGUCCAUCAACCAGUUCUUUGCCCGCACCGGCGUCAUCCAGCCACAGGGGGCGGUGCCGCCCGCCGUCUGCCACGGCCCCAUGCACCCAAACAAACCCAGCCAGCACCUCGGGACAGGAAAUCUCUACAUGGACUCCAGACAGAGCAUGUCCAUGAUGGGCCCUCCAGGGUACCCUCACAUGCCCCCCAUGAGCAGCGCAGGGCCCACCAUGACCGGCCACCACCCUCAGAUGAACCAGCAGCACAUGAUGCCCAGCAGGAACUUCCAGAUGCAUCGCAUGCCCGCUGACGACAUCCAGGAUGAUUUUGACUGGGACUCCAUUGUUUAGCCUCUUUUUUUGCCGGCACUCACGUGGAGGGGAGGAGCCAGAGGAGGAGGAAGCCCCAGGCUGUAGAGGCUGCGGGAGGGGAAGGAGGAUGAGGAUGAAGAUGCCCCCCUGCCUCAAAGGUGGGGCGUGGGCGGACAUUACGUGAGGUGAGGCCGUGACUUUUCCAGCAGCAGAACUGUGAGACAAUCAAGUGUGGUGGGACACAAUCAUGAGGACCACACCUAAACCAGCCUCAUCAUCCUCAUCCUCGUCCUUAAAGCAGCCCCCUUCAAAAAAAAGAGAAAA